AUGUCAAAAAGGUAUCCGGGUCGAAAAAAUACGCAAAGAGCGCCUAAAAAACUUACAAGCGAUGGUGAUGAUUCCAAUGAUAAUGAUGGGGAAGAUUUGCUUAAAAUCUUCAAAGCUUUUCACGAACGUAUGGAAAAAAAGACCAUAAAUAAACAAAAACAUUUAUCAGCUGAAUGUGACAAAACCAUUCAACACGUGUCACAAUUAGCCAAUGAACUGAUUUUACGUCAAAAGAAAGAAAUGUAA